UGACACUUGCAAUGGGGCCCCUUCCCCCACCUGAUCCCUACCUAAUUGCUAGGCCAGGACGCUGAGACAGAGAGUGAGGGGGAACCGGAGGUGGGACCGAGUUUCUCUUCUUUCCAUUUAGGCUAACAAUGACAUUUCCCAAGCAGCUCGAGAAGGUAGCACUGCCCUGGGACUCCAGUGCAGAGUGUAGGGGUUGGAAGGGGACCACUUUUCCCUCCCCGUCCCGGCUUCUCUCCUGGGCAUCAGCAAAGAGUCAUGAGUGCGGAAGCUCAGGAAGAAGACACCGAAUCCAUCCUGUUGCUGGAGGACAUCCAGAGGCGGCUUCGGAAUGCCUUCCGCAGCCCCUACUCACCCCGGGGCAUCCCGCAGUCACUGCCUGAGCCUGGGAAGCAGCAGCAGGAGCAGCAGCAGCAGCGCUACGAACGCUCUGGGAGUAGGGGCACGCUAGUGCUGGAGGAGCUGCGCAGGGCGCACAUAGACCAAGACAUUGCUUGGCUGCGGGUGGAACUGUUAGAGAUGCGUUUCCAGAACCAGCAGCUUGCCAGAACUUUGUUGGAUUUAAACUUGGAAAUGCAGCAACUGAAGAUUGAAAAUGAACUUUCUGGAGUUUCUGAAUGUCCAUCCCUGGGAAAGACCACUAUGAGCUCAGAAUAAAUAAGUAUAUGUCAGGAAACAUAAAGUCCAAAGAUAAACUAUACUAUCCACAAAUGACUGACAAACAUAAUGAACAAGAUGUGCGAGCUUCCAAGGGAGAGAAUAAUAUGAGAAGCAAUCAGGAAAUGAAAGUAAAAAGAAAAUCAAUAGUACAUGGGAAGAAAAUGCUGUCCAUUUACAUCUUGAAAGGUUCAAAGGAAAAUAGAGAAGAAAAGAAUGUGGACCAGAUUUGGUUUGCUUUGGUUUCUUUUUCCAAGCAUCCCCUACAAAUUUCUUUCAUUUUUUUGCUAAUUUAACUGCCCCAAACCACUUCAGAUUUCAGGAGUAGUUCCCAUAGUUGGUUAUUAAAUAAAUUAAAUAUUAAAAAAAUAAAUUUAAAAAAUCAUCAUAUUUUAGAGAGUUGAAAUAUUUCUUCUAAUUGAAUGAAUAUACAUUUAAAAUACAUCCUUACAACUCUGCAUCCUUUUCUAAAAAU